UCUCCCUGAGGUACGAUGUGUGUGACUCCUUCCUCCUUUGAGACAGGCCUGAUCACAGACAUCCUCAUCUCCCUGGACGACCGCUUCCUGUAUUUCAGUAACUGGCUCCACGGAGAUAUCCGGCAGUACGAUAUCACGGAUACCCGGAAACCCCGACUGGUGGGUCAGAUCUUCAUUGGCGGUUGCCUGUUGAAGGGUGGACCCGUGAAGGUGUUGGAGGACAGAGAGAUGACGGCACAGCCUGAGGCCUGUAUCGUUCAGGGCACACGGAUCUGGGGUGGCCCCCAGAUGAUCCAGUUGAGUUUGGACGGGAAGCGUCUCUACGUGACCACCUCGCUCUACAGCAGCUGGGACAGACAGUUUUACCCCGACCUCAUCAGGGAAGGGUCGGCCAUGCUGCGCGUGAAUGUGGACACGGACAAGGGUGGCCUGAAAAUCGAUGAGACCUUCCUGGUGGACUUCGGAAAGGAGCCCGACGGACCCUCCCUCGCACACGAGGUGCGUUACCCCGGCGGCGACUGCAGUUCCGACAUUUGGCUGUAGGAGGGGUGGUGCCGAGAGUCCAUUGUGGAGGGGGUUGCCAUCUUGUGUUGGCCACCGGCGUCCAUCUUGUGUGCCAAUGGGCGUUCCAAAGGAGGGUUCCAAUUUCAAAAAUUAAUUAUUGCCUUCUCGAAUUAAUGAGUGUAGGUGUGUUAGAGACGAUUUCCCCUGGAACUGGGCCGCCCCCCAAAUGCCCCUUGAGAAAGGAGCCCCGUCUUCUGGGAAUGGCAGACAAAAUGGGAGUGGGCAGAUGUUCAGCCCCUCGAUGCGCCCGCUCCUCCCCUACCAACCACCAUCCCGGGCCUAUCCUCCUCCCUCAAGAUUCCUAAAACACGCAAAACCAAAAUAAACUGCUGGAUUUUGGUCGGUGCGGGGAGAACGUGUUUCAGAUCGCCAAUGGAGGUCCAAAACUCCUCUCCACCCUCUCCCUCCAAGACCAUCCAUCCACCAUCUUGGGGAGGGAGAGGGUGUUGUAUGUGACAAAGGUUGGGUUGUCAUUGUCCUACCAGAGCAUUGGGUGCUCGCUCGUUAGAGAGAGAGAGACACAGAGAGAGAGAGAAAGAGAGAGAGAGAGAACUUGUUUUACCUGAGGGUCACCAACAUGCCA